AUGACCCAAUUUCAAGACCUCUACGCCGCGAUGGUCGCUUUCGUCGACACCUGCAUGUCGGGUCAUGAUCCGUCCCACAACCCUGCGCACGUCCACCGCGUCGCCCAGCUCGCCAACACCAUACUUGCUGGUGAGCAAGCGAUGCUCCCGACCGGCGCGCCCCUUGACGCGGAAGUUGUCCAGCUGGCUGCGCUGCUCCACGACAUCGGUGACCGGAAGUACCUGCCGACGCUCGAGUCCGCGACGGGGGCGGCGCGCGUGGACCCGACGACGAUGGUGCAAGUAGCGUUGGAGCAGCACGGGGCGCCGACUGCGCUCGCAGCUAAAGUACAGAUGGUGGUGUCGCACGUGUCGUACACGACGGAGUGCAAGGACCCCGAAGCGGUGCGGCGCGUGCUGGAGGCAGCUCCGGAGCUUGGGGUGGUGCAGGAUGCAGAUCGACUGGAUGCGAUUGGGGCGAUUGGGAUUGGACGGACGUUUACGUUUCUGGGGGCGCAGGGGAAGAAGUUUGUUGGGGAGGCAGGGGAGUGGGAGAUGGGGAAUUCGAUCGAGCAUUUCGUCGACAAAUUAGAGCGGUUGGAGGGGAUGAUGAAGACAGAGACGGGGCGCAGGAUGGCGAGAGUGCGGACGGAACGGUUGAAGGUCUUUCGCGGUUGGUGGGAGGAGGAGAUGGGGGAUGCAUUGGGGGAGAAGGUAGAGUGA